GGCGGCGUGUGAUUGGUUGUCCGGCUCAUCCCUCAUUCUUGGCAGCCUAUCGCGCCGAGAGAGGAGCUGCUGGUGUUGGUACACGGUGCAAGACAACCCCGAGAUAACAGCUGCACUGGAGGAAGAAAGAUCCAGCACUCUGAGCAGGACUCCCCGGGCCAAGCGAGCCAGAAGAAAGCUGCUGUAGAGAUCCAGACAAACUGACUGGGCUGACUUGCAGAAAACAAGUGGAAACAAAUCUGUCAAGGCGAUGUGGGAUGGGGAGGAAGGUCUGAAGGAGGAUGAUGGGAGGCCAUUUCAACAAAAGCCCUCACAGGAACUCCAGAAAGCCUACCCCAUGGAAAUCAGUGACCACAUAGAUGUGCAGGACAUGUCAGCCGUCAUGAUGGAUGUGGGAAACGAGGAGGAGGAGGAAGGAGAAGAAGAAGAGGAGGAGGAGGAUGCUGAUUUGACUCCAAAUGAAGCACAACAGCCCGAGCCAUCUGUCAGAGGUGUCACAAAAAGCCUUUCCCAGUCUUCCCUGCCUCUUGGGCAAGAACUCGAGGUUAACCCCGAUCUUGACCUUGAUCCAGACCCCGACGGCGACCUCGAAGGAGACCCGCAUGGAGGCUCGUUCCCCUGUCAGCACUGUGAACGUCACUUCUCUACCAGGCAGGGUCUGGAGCGCCACAUACACAUCCAUGCCGUCACCAAUCAGCAAGCACAACUGUUCAAGUGCCGAUACUGCAGUAAGGCGUUUGGCUCACAGGUGGGCCGACGGCGCCAUGAAAGGAGGCACGAGAGCGGCCUUAAGAAGCCGCUCGGCUCCUUUGCCGGUACACCGAAUUUGCUCAGUCCAUUGGGUCAAACGGAUGUGUCGAGCCCCGACUGCACCAGCCCGACAAGUCACCAUGUAGCCUCGCAGCUCACCGGAGGAGCUGUUCACAGCUCUGAAACGCCAAGGAGAGAAUCAGGCCCUCAUGUUGACCGUCCAUUCAGUUUAGAUGAAAAUGGUGAUUCCAAAGAGCUCCACCCAUGCAAGUACUGUAACAAAGCAUUUGGCACGCACACCAACAUGCGCCGGCACCAACGCAGAAUACACGAACGACACUUGUUGCCGAAGGGUGUUCGCCGGAAAGGUAUGCUGCUGCAGGAGGCAUCAACGCAGCCACAACCUACUGAGUCGCAGAAUACCAGCCCGGCCCUCGUAUACGUUCCCAGUGCUGACACGGAAGACGAGGCAGAUCGGGACGAUUACACGGUGGACAUAUCUAAAAACAUCUCAGAGAAUCUGAGUUUCUUCAUUGAUGGCAAGAUUGUGUCCACCAGCACAGUGAGCAGCUGCGAGGUCAUCGAAGUGGACACCAGAUCUGCAGCCCUGUUCGGUCUGGACACGGUCAUCAUCAGCCCCAGUCAGCUCAGUCAGGCCCUGAAGGUGGAGGCUCGAGCCAGCACUGCCAAGCAGGUGUCCAACUUCUGCCAGUCAUCAUCGAAAAGAAGAACAUCCACACCACCUCUUGUUCCCGGCCUCAAAGUAGAAACGGAAACGCCGUCUUUCACAGCCUCUUCAUCAGCUGUGACAUCAUCCUCUCCUAACUUGCUCGUGGGCGGGCUUCUGCAGCAAGCAGCGGAUUCAUCUGGCUUUCAAAGGGAGAAAACCGUUUAUCUGUCUCCUAAGCUCAAGCAGCUCCUUCAGACGCAAGACGUCCAAAAGUCCACCAUCACGCUCAUAUCUGAAAGCCACAGGCUGGCAUCCUCGCUGUCUGUCACACCACUGCAAGGUUCCUCUAGUCGGUUCAAAAGGAGAACAGCCUCCCCACCAUCCUCCCCACAGCUCAGUCCAGCAGUUAAAGCAGAGAACUGCAAACCAGAGACGGCAAGCUCGUACACCCUGAAGGUGCCAAAGCCGGAAAGCCUCAGCGUCUCCCCUCUUGGUAACCACUUGGAUAAAGAUGAUGCUGGAGCUCUUAGCCCUUCAGGAAGUAACCUUCUAGGCCAGAGCUCCUCCAGCAGCGGAGGCAACGCUUGCAAUCAACAACCUUUGGACUUGUCCAACACUGUCAGUCGGCGAAGUGACAUCCCUAUCAAAGCUCAAAGCGAUUCAGCGCUUGAUUUGAGCGUGCAUCGGAAGCAGAGCGCCGCAGAUGUGGACGUCAAGGGAAGUGCAGCACCACAGCUGCUUGUCAAAAAGAGAAAGCCGAACACCAGCAUGCUUGAGAAGGUGUUGAUGAACGAGUAUGUCGGUUUGCCCUUGCCGACAGAGGAGGGACCCUCGCUGAUUGGCAACCUCAGUCUUCAACCUCAUUCUCCUAAUGUGGCACCCGAGUCUGCCCACCCGUCUCCUCCAUCUUUGACUCCAGUCACCAUGAACCCGUCGUCACCUGGCACGUCCAGCGUUACCUCAACAACGCCGCCUCCCCCUGUACUACCCACCAUUCCCUCUCCGCCUGCCAUUGCAAACUCUCCCUUAUCUCAGCCCUCUGACUCAUUGGCACAGCGCCCUCUCCCCGUCCUGUCACCCAAAAUGUCCCCAAGGACACCUGAGUUCCCGUCAGAAGCAGAGGAGAGUGUGUUCACCAGUGAAAGUAAGGAUGAGGAAGAAAACACCCUAUCUGAGACACUGGACUCCCCGAACACGCCACUCAAAGAUCCUGUUGAUCACCAUGCACCUCUUGAGUCUUCGCCAGUUGGUUUUUCCGCUACAGAAGACAUUUCUCUGCUGUUCGAUGAAACACACGAAGACCUCAACUCAGGAACUUCAAAGUCUUUAAGCUCUGACUUUGCUGCUCUCUCACCCCAGCCGGAGUCCUCAUCUUGCCCUCCUCCCAUGCUACAUGAUUCAGCCCCACCACUGCCUCCACAGAGCCCUCCUCAUGCCGACAUAAAAGAGAAGCCCCUGCAUUGCACAGAUGACGUCUCUGUCAUGAAUCAUGUGCCUCGGGAUGAGGUUGACCCUCAAACUCUUAACAGUAAGACGUCCGAUAAACCCCUUGAGGCUGAACAAAUGGACUCAGCUUACAGCAAGACUUUUGUUUGCAACGUCUGCGAGGGUCCCUUCAGCUCCAUGAAGGAGCUCAGUGGUCACAUCAGCCAGCAUGCUUCAGAUUGGCCCUUCAAGUGUGAAUUCUGCCUGCAGCUGUUUGGCGAUGCCGCCGCCCUGCUCACUCACCGGACGACGCUACACGGGGUGGGCACCAUCUUUGUGUGCUCCAUCUGUUCCAAGGAGUUUGCCUUCCUCUGUAACCUGCAGCAGCACCAAAAAGAUCUGCAUCCAAAUGAAGCAUGCACACAUACCUCUGUAGAGAGUGGCAAACUCAGGCCACAGAACUACACCGACCCAUCCAGAGCCAAAGAAGAAAUCGCCCCCUCCACACCGGCACAAGAGACUUCAAAAGAAGCUCCAGAACAAAAUGUCUCAGUAAAGGAUGAGCCUGAUGUUAAUGGAAACCAAGCAGAUGACAGCCCAGAGGAUCCUAAUGAGGAGCUGUACACGACAAUAAAGAUCAUGGCCUCUGAGGGCGGGAAGCCCAAAGGCCCAGACGUCCGCCUCGGUCUCAAUCAGCACUACCCCAGUUAUAAACCGCCCCCCUUUCCCUAUCACAGCCGCUCCCACGCCAGCUCCGUGGCCUCGGCGACUAACUUCACCACACACAACAUACCACAAACCUUCACCACGGCCAUCCGCUGCACUAAGUGCGGCAAUAGCUUUGACAACAUGCCUGAACUGCACAAGCACAUUUUGGCCUGUGCCAAUGCCAGCGACAAGAAGCGUUACACUCCCAAGAAGAACCCCAUCCCACUCAAGCUAAUAGUUGAGUCUCCCAAUGGAGUUGUGUCACCCUCAGCUGCAGGCCAGAGUGCCUUCCGGAGAAUGGGCCAGCCCAAGAGACUUAAUUUCAGUCAGGAUGUAGGGAAAGCGAAAAUGAGUGCCCUCAGUAAAAAGAAGAACCAGCUGGUCCAGAAGGCCAUUUCUCAGAAGAAUAAAGCCGCCACCUCGGCAAAGAAGGCUGCCGUGAAGGUCGAGGAGGAGCAAACGAACGUCUGUCCUCACUGCAGCCGAGAGUUCACAUAUCAGGCCAGUCUGAGUAAGCACAUGGCCAUCAGCUGCCCCUUGAAGCCUGUCGUGAAAAAGCCAAUGAAAAGACUCGCAGACAAGAAGAAAGACGCUGCCUCAGAUAAAAAUAUUAAGAAGAAAGACAGUGACGCAGCAGCCAUGGAACCAGAGCAGAAACCCCUGGGAAAGACCAGAGCUCGUAGCUCCGGUGCAGUAGAGCUUGAACCCUCGCAGAUCAACAAAGGCAAAAACACACUGAGCACACAGAAGAGAUCCGCCUCAUCGCCAGUGGCAACAGCAGCAGCGGCGACGCCUGCCAACAAAAAAGCCAAGAAGGGCCAAGCUCAACCGUCAGCCUCCGACCCUCCCAAUGACACCGCACAAAGACCAGCCAUGAGGAUGCAGCGAAUGGGCAAAGAGGCACCAUCCAAGAGACUAAGUGAGGCCAAGUCGCAACACCAGCCCAAGAAAGAAGAGCGCUUCUCCCUGCGAACCAGAGAGAGGCUUGGAGGUCCAGUCACCAGGAGCUCUCAAAUGGCGGGCCCCUCUGUCGUGGUCAAAAGUGAGGACGCACCAACGCCUGAGCUUAAAGACUCUCCGGAGGUGUUGAUGAAGUAAGCCAUGAUGACCUGGGAAUACAGACUCUUGGUUGUCCCACACUAAAAGAAAAAAAAAGAACUCUGCCUUGCUGGACUGAAGGCGAGCGGUCUUAUUUUUUUUUUUUCUUCCAUUUGUCAUACGAACUAAACUGAGCCUGCAUAUUUUUUUUUUUUGCCAGCCUUGCAAAAAAAAAAAACCCAACAACUGUAAAUGUCAGUAAGUUAAUAUAUAUGUAUACAAUGUGUCAUUACUUGACCCAAAACAGUAACAUUAGGGCUCUGUCUAAGCUGGUCUAUUGCAAAUGGCAAUCACGCAUCAGUUAGGGGAAUUCCUUGCAUUGUUAAUAUUCUACUUCCUUCUCCGUUGGAUUGUUUAGUGUUUUGCUUUUUUUUUCUUCUGGAGUCUCCUAAUGCAUGUGUUGGAAAAAAAUAGAAUAAUGUAGAUUUUAUGACUCUUCCAAUGGCCGCCAUUUGUUUUGCAGAAUAUGUAUGUUGGAUUCUGUAGUUGUUAGAAAAUAACCUCUUGGCUUAUCAUUUGUGUUGGGAAAAGAAAUGUGGCAGUUGACUGCAACAAUUGGUCCUCAGGAAUUCUGUGUGCAAGUAUGUGUGCGUGCUUGUGUGUGUGCAUGUGUGAAUGGACACAACUAUUCCUCCUGUCUGCAUCUCAAUGACAUCUCAUGUUUUUACUUGUUUGUUUUAUCUGACGUUAGCAAGCCAAUUCCAGUGGUUGAAAUGGACGGGGACUGGUGUUGUCUGGUCUUUAUAGUACUAGUCGUUAUGAAAAGAAGCAUCACUCGCACGUCCCUGCAGCACUUUAGAAUGGAACUGCCAAAAUGUGUAGCUGGAUCGCUAAGAUUGGGGCCUCAUUAAAACCAUAGAAUGUAUUCAUUUACUGUUUUUUGCUGUAAAUUGGACACUUUUAUCAUGUUAAAAUGCAUGAUUCAGACAUUUUGGGGCGACAGAAGUGUAUCGGUAUCUUGGUGCCCCAGCCGUGACUUUGUUUUUCAAGGAAAUAAUUCUGCCAACAUCAUGUAUCAAAUGAUUAUCAGCCUCCCUCCAAACACAAACGUUAACAGUGUUUCCCACACGUUCAUUUAUUUGUGACAACGCAUUUGGACCACCGUGCAUAAUGUAUCCUGUCUGCCAGGGAAUUAGAAGACUUUUUAUUUGUUUGUUCAGGCAACUCGACAAAUCUAGUGAAGAGUAUUUUGGUGACUGACAUGCAUGCAAGCACAUAUCGCUGUUCUCUACAGCGCUGUUUGUUGGAUGACAUAAAAACAACAAUGAAGCAACAGAACAAAGCUCAUUAGUAGUAAACAUUUUUGUUUCGUGUUUGUACUCACUUAUUGCAAGCCAAUUAUGCAAAUUGGACGAUUAAUGCACCCAAAGCAUCACCACAAAUAGAUUCCAGUCCUGUGGGAAACGCUGCUAUUUACUAAUUCUCCAAUUGGAAGAAUGGUAGCAUGUAAAACGGGAGUGUAAAUUUGAACAGUACAUGAAUGGAAGCUAAUUUAUAUUUCCAUAGUAAAUGCUCCCCCAAAAAUGUUUUUGCCUUUUAAGCGUUAAAGAAAAUUGUAAAGGGUGAAUAUCGGGAAUGACCUCAAGUAAAAACCUGGCUAUAAUUGACCCCCAAAAAGUGGUUUAUUUUUAUUUCUUGAAUAUUUUUCUUACUGUCCUAUAGAAAAAUAAGAAAUGUGCUGUGGAUUCAAGAAUGGAACAAAUGAUUAACUGCAGACCAAGGUCAACAAAGGUUGUAUUCAUGUUCAAUGUUCAUGUUAUUGAACGUAUUUUCUAUACAUGAUUGACAUACAUGAACAAUACAACAUAACUCAUGUUUGCAUUUCAGUACCACUUGAUAUGGAAGGCGCACAAUGUGACUAAAACCCUUUUUUUUUAACUACACGUUUUUUUUGACCAUCCGUUUUCUGUGCCGCUUAUCACCAGCGUCGCAGGGGUAUGCUGAAGCCUAUCCCACUUAAAUCUUGACUUUGGCCAAGAGGCGGAGACAUGUUCUUUGUGUUAACGUGAAUACACAUCCAAGAUGUCCCCUGCACAUUUGACUUAACAAUAUGGACAUGUCCCCUGUUGCAAUAUGGUAAUCAAUCUUGUUGAUUUAGACCCAUAGUAGGCAGAAGAAUGUGACUGGGGUCAAAGUUCAAGUCAAUGCACACUCCAUUACCCUUUCUUGUCGUUAUUCAACUGAAGCCUAUUGAGUUGUCCGUGAGUGACAGAGACCAUAAAGCAGGAGUACCCGAAGUGCGGCUCACAUCUCAUUUUAAUGGUCAUUUUCUGAAGUAAUAAAUAACACUAAGAAUGCAUUUUGUCGCCUAUAACACAAUCCUGUCAUGCAGUUUUUUGGGUGAAGUAGAAAUCAUUCUUAACAUUUACUAAAUUUUAAAUAAGUAAAUGGCCUGCGUCUCCUUUGAUUUUUACAGUACGUCUAUGGAAAUAGUUUGCACACCCCUGCCAGUAACGAUAUUUAUUAGCUAUUGUGGAAUGAUCUGAUUGUUAAACUUGUUGGACCAUAUUUUUGAUACUGAUAUAAUAUACCCUUCACACUUACUAAAUAUAUUACAAAUUCUGUAGUUACACAACAUCUGGUCAAAGCUUCUUUCUGCUGGAAAAUGUUGACUUGAAGACAGCGCCGCCGUCCUCCAUUCCAUUGGGAGUACCAAGUAUUUUGUACCGCUUAUCGUCACGAGGGUCGCGGGGGGUGCUGUAGCCUAUCCCAGCUGUCUUCAGGCGAGAG